CUCCGCGUGGCUGCGAAUGGCGGGGGAGCUGAGCUCCCCUCCACCCGGGCAGUGCUCAGAGAGAGGGGACCCCCGCACCACCACCGCUUCGGCCAAAGGCAGCAGAAGCAAGGCAGAGGGGGGCCAUGCCUGGACGGGGAUAGCUCUGGCUUUAUAGGCGCUGCUGAGCUGCCUUUUUUGCAAGUUGCUAAUCUUUUCCACCAAAUUUUCUUGACUGUUGGAAUUUUUCUGUGACACUUGGGAAUAUAUUGCAGAGGUGCUCGACAUCUGCUAUUCAGUCCUGUGUUCUACACCCUUUAGCAGUUUCUUUUUUGAACAACAAACGGAGAGAACUGCUCGCAUUGCUGCUGCUGCUGCUCCAGCUGCGUGUGUGUGUGUGUAAAAAGGAUGGUGUAUCUGUAGCUGCCACGCACAAACACACAUUUGACCAUGAGGACUCUUCGCAGGUUGAAGUUCAUGAGUUCGCCCAGCCUCAGUGAUCUGGGCAAGAGAGAGCAGGCAGCCUUGGAUGAGCGGGGGACCCAGCAGCGACGGGCCUGCUCCAACGCUACCUGGAACAGUAUCCAUAAUGGAGUAAUAGCAGUGUUCCAACGUAAAGGGCUCCCAGACCAUGAACUUUACAACCUCAACGAAGGAGUUAGGCAACUACUGAAAACUGAGCUGGGAUCCUUUUUUACUGAAUACCUGCAGAAUCAGCUGCUUACAAAAGGCAUGGUAAUACUGAGGGACAAGAUCCGGUUUUAUGAAGGACAGAAGCUGCUGGAUACCUUAGCUGAAACCUGGGAUUUCUUUUUCAGUGACGUCCUGCCCAUGCUUCAGGCUAUUUUCUAUCCUGUGCAGGGGAAGGAGCCCUCUGUUCGUCAGCUGGCUCUCCUGCACUUUCGGAACAUUAUAACCCUCAAUAUUAAAUUAGAAGAUGCCCUGUCGCGUUCCAGAGCCAGGGUUCCACCUUCAAUUAUUCAGAUGCUGCUAAUACUCCAGGGGGUUCACGAAUCUAAAGGAGUGACUGAAGACUAUUUGAAACUGGAAUCCCUGAUACAGAAGGUGGUUUCCCCAUACUUGGGCACAUAUGGUCUGUAUUCCAGUGAUGGACCCUUCACACACUCUUCUUGUAUUUUGGAGAAGCGGUUCUUCAGACGUUCCAAAUCAGGUGACAUCCUUGCCAAGAACCCCGUGGUGAGAUCGAAAAGCUACAAUAACCCACUGCUGACCCCGGUAGCUGAGUAUGAAACAGAGGGUAUUGCAGCCAAUGGAACUGGCAUCCGAAGGCACUCCGUUUCUGAAAUGACCUCAUGCAUGGAGCUACAAGGGUACUCCAAUCUCACAACCAUCAUGGACAAUGGUUCCAAAAGCUCUGUGACAACCACAAAGAACUCACUCUCAGGAGAACAAGAAAGGCCCAGUCCCAGUUCAGUGGAAUGUUCCAGCAAACUCAAUGCAGUUGAGCAACAGCAAGGACUCUUUCACAGCAUGGGUGAUCAAAACAGGGCUUUUGAGCUGGCCAGGGACCCUGCCUUGAUUCCAGUCCCUUCUUCCAGCCCCGAGAAUAUAGUGGACCAGAUUUUGGAGUCCAUUGACUCUGAUUCUGAAGGAAUUUUCAUAGAUUUUGGCCGAGGUUGUUCAAAUUCAUCAGCGUACAACGUGGAUGUGAGCAGACAGAGCAUCGUGUGACGGACAGGAGACAAAUCCUUGGUUUUAUUAUUAUAUACAAGUAACUGGUAUGUUCGGCAACACAGCAGGGAAUAGAUAUACAUACAGAGCCAAAACCUCAGCAGGUGUAAAUCAUCAGUAUUAAAAAUCAGUGGAGCUAUAGUGAUUUACACCCCCUGGAGAUAUGGCGCCUCUUUUUUUUUUUUUUAAACCACCAACCUAUUUUCUUCCCAUCAUUCUGCAGUAAGAUUUCUUACUGUCUUUGUAAGAUUGUGGCUUGUUUGUGUUUGUUUGAUUUUCUGAAUGGAAAAGAGUCUAAUAGAAAGCUGUGAGUGCAGCUGGAUAUGUGCAUUUACUAAUAUAGUCCAUUGUAUGGCUGCGUUCACCUUUAUUUUUGUUGUCUUGAAAGAUUCCUGUAAAAGUACAGGUUGCUCUUCGAACAACACAAUCUUGGCUGGAAAAAAAACCUUUUUUUUUUUUU